AAAAACCCAAAAACACUCGGUUUUCCCGCCAAAAAGUACAAAGCGCGCGCAAAAAGCCAAAAUCCCCGAAAAGCAAAUGUCGAACGAGAGCUCUUCCGCCGCCGAUGGUAGCACCAUUACGCCAGUGAAUGUUAAAUCGGCCGCAUCGAUCGAGCCGACCACUGCCGCGGGCAGCAACAGCAGCAGCAGCAACAGCGUCGAUGGUGGCGCGGGAGUUUCCCGCCAAAACGGCGAUUCCUCGUCGCUUGGCGCCGCUUCCUCCUCUUCCUCCUCCUCGUCGUCGUCUUCUGUCGCUGCGGCUUCAGGCUCGAGUUCAAGUCAAGUGGAUCUUGAUGCGCAGAUGGCCGCCGAGAUGGCCGAUCAGCACGCAACCCCGCAAGAGCUCAUUGCCGAGCGAAUGCAGCAAGGACGUCGCCAGAUGCUCUGCGAAGAGUACCUGCUGGCCGUCGACUGCUUCCAAGAAGCCGUCGAGACAAGCGUCGUUCUCUAUGGCGAACUCGCGGACGAGUGCGGCGAGCCAUUCUUCCAGUACGGCAGUGCGUUGCUGGCUGCAGCGCGCGCUGAAUCGCAAGUCUUUGAGCGUCCCGACAACGCUUCCGCCAGCAAGAACGAGUCAGACGACGACAGUGAUGAUGACAACGAUGAGGACGAUGACGAUGCCGAAGCCGCAGCCGCCUCCAGCAAGGGCAAAGGGAAAGCAGCCAACCAAGAUCAAGAGAAUGAUGACGACGGCAACGAGCAGGGACAGGACGACGAAAACGCUCCAGCAGACGAUGAAGACGUCGACAAUUUGCAGCUGGCGUGGGAAAACUUGGAGUGCGCGCGUGUUAUUUUUGCCCGCCAGUCCAGCCUGAAGGCGCGUCUUGCCUUGGCUUCGGUGCAUGCGCGCUUGGGCGAGCACAGCGUCGAAUCUGAACAGUUUGACCAGGCGUUCACCGACUUUAAAGAGUGCCUUCACAUCCGCGAGAGCAUUUUGCCAGCUCACGACCGUUCCAUUGCCGAACUCCUCUUCACAAUGGCGAUCGCGUAUCAAUUGGGCCGCCAUUACAAUGAAUCCGUCGACAGCCUUCAGCGUGCCAUGACGGUGAUGAACAUGCGUUUGCGCUACCUUCGCUCGGGCGAGGCGCUGCGCGAUGCCACCGCGCCUACCUUGUCGGCCGCCAACGAAGCGUCCAAGAUCAUGUCUCCGCUCCCGGCCACACAAGCUGAGAUUGACCAAGAGAUUAAUGACUUGACAGAGUUGAUUCCCGACAUUCGAUCCAAGAUUGCCGAAAUCAACGAAGAGGGCGAGGCCUUCCGAGCCGGUCAAUUUGAAAUGAUCAAGCAUCAACUCGGUGCGACGAGCAGCAGCAGCAGUGCUCCCGCGCCGGUAUCUGCCGCUGGCGCUGCUGUGGCAGAGAAGCGCAAUCUCGCUGCCAGCCUUGGGUUUGGCACUGCUGAAGAUGUUGCGGCCAGCUUGUCCCUCGCAGGUUCUUCAAGCUCUAGUGCCGCUGCUGCGGCCGCUGCUGUUGUCAACACGCUGCAAGUCCGACGAAAGGUUGCCCCUACAGCUGUGUCCAGUGCAAAUGUGGCGUCUGGUAGCAGUAGCAGCAGUGCACCUGUCGCCACGCAGAAGCGCCAAAACGAGGAUGACGAAGGAGCGGAAGAUGCCGGCAACAAGAAGGCACGCCUGGAUGCUUGAACGGGGUUUUUUUCCUCGCAAGACGUGGAGCCAUGUGCCUUUGUUGUUUGUUCUUGCAUGGGAUUGAGUGCCUUUUGAGUUUUGCCAUAAAGGUGCGAAUUGGACAUUGAAAA